CCGGGAGGGGGCGCAAUCACGGACUCGGCUUGCGGCUGCCGGUUUAAAAAAGGAAACCCCGGAGAGCGAGAGCGCGAAGGAAAUCUGGCCGCCGCCGCGAGCGCUCCCGCUGCUGAAGCUCAGAAGCUGAUUCUAUCACGUUGUAAGAUGCCUUUGGAUAAUUCUACAGUCCUCUUAAAUGAAUCUUUAGAACUUGGCAAAUUUCACUAGAUACCUUCAGUCAUCAUUUUGAGCUCAAAGAAUUCUGAGACUUAUGGUUGGUCAUAUAGAAGAGUACCUUGAACCUAUAGUUUCCUGAAGAAUCAGUUUAAAAGAUCCAAAGAUCACAAAAGGAGAAGUACAAAUGUCUACUACAAGACGAAAACGUAGUAUGUUAUGUUGUUUACCGUAAGCUGUAGUAAAAUGAGCUCGAUUGUUGACAGAGAUGACAGUAGUAUUUUUGAUGGGUUGGUGGAAGAAGAUGACAAGGACAAAGCAAAAAGAGUAUCUAGAAACAAAUCUGAAAAGAAACGUAGAGAUCAAUUUAAUGUUCUCAUUAAAGAACUGGGAUCCAUGCUUCCUGGUAAUGCUAGAAAGAUGGACAAAUCUACUGUUCUGCAGAAAAGCAUUGAUUUUUUACGAAAACAUAAAGAAAUCACUGCACAGUCAGAUGCUAGUGAAAUUCGACAGGACUGGAAACCUACAUUCCUUAGUAAUGAAGAGUUUACACAAUUAAUGUUAGAGGCUCUUGAUGGUUUUUUUUUAGCAAUCAUGACAGAUGGAAGCAUAAUAUAUGUGUCUGAGAGUGUAACUUCAUUACUUGAACAUUUACCAUCUGAUCUUGUGGAUCAAAGUAUAUUUAAUUUUAUCCCAGAAGGGGAACAUUCAGAGGUUUAUAAAAUACUCUCUACUCAUCUGCUGGAAAGUGAUUCAUUAACCCCAGAAUAUUUAAAAUCAAAAAAUCAGUUAGAAUUCUGUUGUCAUAUGCUCCGAGGAACAAUAGACCCAAAGGAGCCAUCUACCUAUGAAUAUGUAAAAUUUAUAGGAAAUUUCAAAUCUUUAAACAGUGUAUCCUCUUCAGCACACAAUGGUUUUGAAGGAACUAUACAACGCACACAUAGGCCAUCUUAUGAAGAUAGAGUUUGUUUUGUAGCUACUGUCAGGUUAGCUACACCUCAGUUCAUCAAGGAAAUGUGCACUGUUGAAGAACCCAAUGAAGAGUUUACAUCUAGACAUAGUCUAGAAUGGAAGUUUCUGUUUCUAGAUCACAGGGCACCACCCAUAAUAGGGUAUUUGCCAUUUGAAGUUCUGGGAACAUCAGGCUAUGAUUACUAUCAUGUGGAUGACCUAGAAAAUUUGGCAAAAUGUCAUGAGCACUUAAUGCAAUAUGGGAAAGGCAAAUCAUGUUAUUAUAGGUUCCUGACUAAAGGGCAACAGUGGAUUUGGCUUCAGACUCAUUAUUACAUCACUUACCAUCAGUGGAAUUCAAGGCCAGAGUUUAUUGUUUGUACUCACACUGUAGUAAGUUAUGCAGAAGUUAGGGCUGAAAGACGACGAGAACUUGGCAUUGAAGAGUCUCUUCCUGAGACAGCUGCUGACAAAAGCCAAGAUUCUGGGUCAGAUAAUCGUAUAAACACAGUCAGUCUCAAGGAAGCAUUGGAAAGAUUUGAUCACAGCCCAACCCCUUCUGCCUCUUCUCGGAGUUCAAGAAAAUCAUCUCACACGGCAGUCUCAGACCCUUCCUCAACACCAACCAAGAUCCCGACGGAUACGAGCACUCCGCCCAGGCAGCAUUUACCAGCUCAUGAGAAGAUGGUGCAAAGAAGGUCAUCAUUUAGUAGUCAGUCCAUAAAUUCCCAGUCUGUUGGUUCAUCAUUAACGCAGCCAGUGAUGUCUCAAGCUACAAAUUUACCAAUUCCACAAGGCAUGUCUCAGUUUCAGUUUUCAGCUCAAUUAGGAGCCAUGCAACAUCUGAAAGACCAAUUGGAACAACGGACACGCAUGAUAGAAGCAAAUAUUCAUCGGCAACAAGAAGAACUAAGAAAAAUUCAAGAACAACUUCAGAUGGUCCAUGGUCAGGGGCUGCAGAUGUUUUUGCAACAAUCAAAUCCUGGGUUGAAUUUUGGUUCCGUUCAACUUUCUUCUGGAAAUUCAUCUAACAUCCAGCAACUUGCACCUAUAAAUAUGCAAGGCCAAGUUGUUCCUACUAACCAGGUUCAAAGUGGAAUGAAUACUGGACACAUUGGCACAACCCAGCACAUGAUACAACAACAGACGUUACAGAGUACACCAACUCAGAGUCAACAAAAUGUACUGAGUGGGCACAGUCAGCAAACAUCUCUACCCAGUCAGACACAGAGCACUCUUACAGCCCCACUGUAUAACACUAUGGUGAUUUCUCAGCCUGCAGCCGGAAGCAUGGUCCAGAUUCCAUCUAGUAUGCCACAAAACAGCACCCAGAGUGCUGCAGUAACUACAUUCACUCAGGACAGGCAGAUAAGAUUUUCUCAAGGUCAACAACUUGUGACCAAAUUAGUGACCGCUCCUGUAGCUUGUGGGGCAGUCAUGGUACCUAGUACUAUGCUCAUGGGCCAGGUGGUGACUGCAUAUCCUACUUUUGCUACACAACAGCAACAGUCACAGACAUUGUCAGUAACGCAGCAGCAGCAGCAGCAGAGCUCCCAGGAGCAGCAGCUCACUUCAGUUCAGCAACCAUCUCAGGCUCAGCUGACCCAGCCACCGCAACAAUUUUUACAGACUUCUAGGUUGCUCCAUGGGAAUCCCUCAACUCAACUCAUUCUCUCUGCUGCAUUUCCUCUACAACAGAGCACCUUCCCUCAGUCACAUCACCAGCAACAUCAGUCUCAGCAACAGCAGCAACUCAGCCGGCACAGGACUGACAGCUUGCCCGACCCUUCCAAGGUUCAACCACAGUAGCACACGUGCUUCCUCUCUGACAUCAAGGGAGGAAGGGGAUGGCCCAUUAAGAGUUACUCAAAUGACCUGAGGAAAGGAGGGAAAGUUCCAGCAGUUUCAUGAGAUGCAGUAUUGAGUGUUCUAGUUCCUGGAAUUAGUUGGCAGAGAAAAUGCUGCCUAGUGCUACAGAUGUACAUUAAAUACCAGCCAGCAGGAGGUGAUCAUAGGGGCAUAGCCAGUUCUGACAGUGUUUUAGGUGCCUGGAUAUUUUUUGAUGGAAAAAGAAUAUAUUGCCAAAUGUUAAGAAGCUCAGCUAUGAAAUGACCUCCAGGGAAUCAGAAAGGCACUAAUGAUGUUAGUAACUUUUAGUGGUUCUGUGCCUCUUAUCAAGUGUUACAGAGGACAUAGCACUGCCAUGUCAGGGGUUUGCUCACGGUGAUGCCAUGAAGACAGUCCAGUAGACUUGGUAGCGACCCCCUCCCCCAACCCCUCUCCCUUUUCAGAUAAUGAUGGAACAGUAAUUACUUUCAGAAUGUUGUGUGGGUUCAAAUUCUCUAUGUACAGAUGAUGUAAAAAUAUAUAUAUGUCUAGAUAAAAGGAGAGAAAGCAAAACA